CGUUAGUUAACACUCAAUAAACACCGAAGAAGAACGGAAGACGAACCACUAGCAGGAGAGCAAGAAGCGGCAGCACAAACUCUGGAAUGAACUAGGGCUAGGUUUGUGUGGCCUACAGAUAAUACCGCACACCGUGGUAUUGGUUUUUCACGGUGUACUUUUUUUAAAUACGGAUUUACCACAUGUCACAGAUCCAAAACCACAAUCAAGAUUAAUUUAAACAAUUGUAUGUUGCGCGGGAACUCACACUUUCUGUGUCACGUGAGGUCCUAGUGGCCAGAAAAAUGGCGGACGCUGGUGCCGAAAGUUUGGUCUCCAAGAAAGGUGCAAACGCACCCAUAUGGCAGUGCUUUGGAUUCGUUGGCGAUGAAAAUGGGAAGCCAGUUGACACGGAUACUCCCAUCUGCAAACUGUGCAUGAGGAGCGUUUCGGCAAAAGGUGGGAAUACUUCAAAUCUCCGAACUCACCUUAGAAAGAACCACCCUCUCUAUGCCUCAAGAGUAGUAACUUCGCGAACAGACACACAAACUCCGCUCACCGGGCCACUUACUAGGAGUGGUCGCAAAUGCAACAGCGAAGGCAACAGAUGGAGCAUGUACACAAGCGCGGUUACAAGAUUCCUCGUUAAAGAAAUGUUAUCGUUCCGCACUGUGGAAAAGCCGGCAUUCAAAGAUUUACUGAGAACUUUUGACCCACUAUAUGAGCUUCCUUGUAGGAAUUUCUUUUCCGACAAAGCAAUUCCUGAGUUAUACAACCAAGUUCGUCAGGAUGUGUUUGAGUCGUUGUCACACGCGGAAUAUUAUGCUCUCACCACCGAUAUGUGGUCUUCUGUUGGCAUGACUACCUACAUUUCUCUCACUGUUCAUUUUAUCACAUCUGACUGGAAACUUGAAUCGAAGUGCCUGGAGACUUGUUUUUUUCCAGCGGAUCACACCGCCAGCAAUGUUUGCGCUUGGCUGCGCGAGGCGGUGUGUGAAUGGGGCUUGGAAGACAGCAGAAUCUCGGCGAUAACGACUGACAACACAUCCAACGUAAUGGCUGCAGCAAGAGAUCUCGGCUGGCCACUGAUCACUUGUUUCGGACACAAUUUGGACCUCGCUGUCAAUGCAGCCAUACAGGCACAGAAACGGAGGACAGACCGAGUUUUCGGUCUUUGUCGCUCCAUUACCGGUGCCUUCUCGCACAGCUGGCGGCGAAAGCGUGCACUAAUGGCAGCACAGGCAGAGUUGGGACUUCCACAACACAGCCUAAUCACAGACUGCGUUAAUGGCUGGGGCAGCAAGCAGGAGAUGGUGGCCAGGAUCAUCGAGCAGCAGCAGGCCAUCCGGCACGUGUUGGCAGACGACCGCAAAGCCUCCGUUACGCUGAGAUGGCAGGACAUCGACGUGCUGACGGCCGUUAACGAGGCGCUGAAGCCCGUGGCUGAGCUGACCAACGUCCUCUCGGGAGAGACCUACGUCACCAGCUCCUCGGUCAUUCCCAUGCUCAGCCUGAUACACGAGGACAUCAUGGCCCCGUCUGACAGCGACGUGGCGUUGGCGACCGAGAUGAAGGCGUCGAUCGUGCACAAGCUGGACGGCAAGUACGCGGACGAGGCCGUGCGUCUCCUGCUGAGGAAAUGCACCCUGCUGGACCCCCGCUACGGAGGCACCUUCGAGGACUCCGGCCAACUGAAGCCGCUGAUAGCGGGGGAGAUCGCCGCGCUCCGCAGGGGAGGCCCGGCGGCCGUCAGGGUGAAGGAGGAGGACAGGAGGGAGGGACAGACGCCCGUCAGGGUGAAGGAGGAGGACAGGGGGGAGGGACAGGCCGCCAUUAGGGUGAAGGAGGAGGGCAGGAGAGAGCCGGGGCCGGAGGACGCCUCGGUGGAGCAGCCCCCGGCCAAAAAGAUGAGAACUCUGGGAAGUCUGCUGGGGAAACGGGCCACGGCCGCCUCCGCGGCUCUGAGCGCGGAGGAGCAGGCCAAGGCCGAGAUCGCCGCGUACUUGACCGAGCCCGUGAUCGAGGGCGAUGCCGAUCCCCUGCAGUGGUGGCGGCUCAAUGGACAUCGAUACCCGAUGCUGGCGCAACUCGCUCGCAAAUACCUCUGCACCUGCGCGACGAGUACGGCCCCCGAGCGGCUCUUCAGCGCGGCGGGGAACGUGGUCAUCUCCUCCCGCGCCCAGCUCAAGCCUGACAAGGUCAACAUGCUGGUGUUUUUGGACAGAAAUCUGGACUAGGUGUUCGUUUAAGCCGACUGCCUGACUUUACCUCCAUCGAAGUUUGUUCACGUCGCGUCGCGUGACCGAUGAUAUGAAUUUGUCUACGGGGAAGGCAUGAAGCGUUAGCCUUUAAGUUUCUCAGUUUUUUUUCCAAGUUUCAUUCAUCAACCACUGUGCUG